CUUGCCCCCUCGGCCCUAAGAAACCGCCACCCCGGGCCGCUGCGGAGAGGCUGCCGAGCACUCCCAAGCCCCGCCUUCCACGCCCCCUGAAUGGCCGGCGCGGCUGCCGCUCAGCCCAGGCCCCUUGCCGCCUGCCGGCCCCCCACGGACCGCGGGGAUGGUGCUGGUGGGACAGGCGCGGAGGGAGCCUUGGGAAGCGAGGCGGCGGCGGCGCUGCUUGUGAGGGGCGCCUGAGAGACUUCGUUGAGGAGGCGGAGGCCGCCCGUCCUCCUCAGCAUAAAUAUGGCAGAGUUGCUAGAGUUUGAGGGAACUAUAAACUGGAAAGAAAGAUGCAUAGCUCUAGAAUCCCAGCUGAUGAAAUUUCGCCUCCAAGCAAGCAAAAUUAGAGAGUUGUUAGCAGACAAGAUGCAGCAACUUGAAAAGCAAGUGAUUGAUGCAGAUCGACAAGCAGAAAAAGCUUUUCAGCAGGUGCAAAUUAUGGAGGAGAAACUAAAAGCUGCUAAUGUCCAAACCAGUGAGUCAGAGACAAGACUAUAUAAGAGAUGUCAAGAUCUGGAGACACUGGUGCAGGAAAAAGAUGACAUUAUACAUAAUUUGGAAGAACAGCUUGCAGAACAGAAGCAAAUAAGAAUACAAGACGCAAAAAUUAUAGAAGAAAAAGCUGCCAAGAUAAAAGAAUGGGUGACUGUCAAGCUCCAUGAGCUAGAAGUGGAAAAUCAGAACCUUCGCAUGUUAAAUCAAAACCAAACUGAAGAGAUGAGGAUAUUGGAGACUAAAUUGCAAGAACUUCAGGGGAAGAAAUCUGUUCCUUCAGCACAAAAGCCUGGAGAAGGCCAACGACUGAGCAGUUUGACUUUUGGAUGCUUCUUGAACCGAGCAAGAAGUCCUCAGCCAGUUCCAAAGCCUGACGAGACAAGCAGCUCCUCAUCAAAGCAAGCUGAACUAAAUGAAGGAAAUAGCAGUCUAGAGAAAGAAGUCCAGGAAACAUCUCUUCUUGGCCAAAUGUAUGGGAGUAAUAGAGUUCUGAAACCUCUACAACAUAGCUCUUGUAUGCCAGAACAAAGGCAAGCAGUAAAGUCAAAAGACCUAGAUAGUAAUGCAUCAAAGAACUCCUGCAUUACAGUAAGUGACUGGAGCUCUGACGAGGAAGAAGGAGGCAAAGGAAGAUCAAAAUCUAGGUGCGUAUCCACGGUUUCAAGUCACACAUCUGAAGAAGGCACAGGCUAUAGCAGAAUUGGAAGUGAAAUGUAUUUGACAGCAUCAGAUGACAGCAGUUCUUUUUUGGAAGAAGAGAGCUUCCAAGCUCAGGGAAACAUAUGCAAAAAACUAUAUUCUUGGCAACAAGGGUCUCUAUGGAAAAACCAGAACCAUCUAGUUGGAAAGAGCAACUUGGAAUCCUUCAGCGAAAAGAAGGAUCAUGAUAGCUUUUCAGAUGAACUGAAUAAGAGGUUUCAGUCCCACAGGCUAGAUUAUUCAUCCUCUUCCAGUGAGGCAAAUACUCCAAGUCCAAUUCUAACGCCAGCUCUAGCUCCUAAGCAUCCAGCACUGAUGCUGGCAGCAGGCGCUGUGUCUGGCAGACAACUUGAUUCUCCAUCUAAUCUGCCGCCUCCAAAACUGAGGACUCCUAGCAUCUUUACUUUAAGUGCAGCAUUGGCAAAAAAACAUUUCAGCCAGCCUCCUCUAUGUUCGGACAAAAUGUUUGGCAGAAACAGAAAUGCUAUAAGCAUGAUACGUCCUUUUAAGCCUCAGGAAACAGACAUAGAUCAAGUGGAUGGGGAAAGUACAGAAGUUCUGGAGAAGAUGGAGAUUAGUUGUAAUGAGGAAUUGUUUACCUAUGACUCCUGUGAGACUCAGUGUGCAGAAACCUUGGACUCUAAUGAUGCAAGAAAAACUACAAGCAGCAAGCCACCUACUCCUCCUCUGCAUCGAUUCCCCUCUUGGGAAAGCAGAAUUUAUGCUGUAGCCAAGUCAGGCUUGCGCUUUUCUGAGGCCUUCAACAUGGACUCUUUCAAUAAAAGUUCCACCUCUUCAGCUUCAUAUUCCUCAUCAGGACUUUACACAUCGCUAAUAUACAAGAAUGUGACUACACCAGUCUAUACCACUCUUAAAGGGAAAGCAACACAAAUCAGCAACAACCCUUUCUUAGAUGACUCUUCUGGGUCUGAAGAAGAAGACAGUUCCCGAUCCAGUUCUCGGACAUCUGAAUCGGACUCUCGAAGCAGAAGUGGCCCAGGGAGUCCACGGGCUAUAAAACGAGGGGUCUCUCUGUCUUCAAUGACCUCAGAAGGUGACUAUGCUAUUCCUCCUGAUGCCUACUCAACAGACACAGAUUAUUCAGAACCUGAACAGAAAUUGCCUAAAACCUGCUCAUCAUCUAGUGAUAAUGGGAAAAAUGAGCCAUUGGAAAAAUCAGGAUAUUUGUUAAAAAUGGGUGGUAAAGUAAAGACUUGGAAACGACGGUGGUUUGUACUCAAAGGAGGUGAAUUGCUGUACUACAAAUCUCCGAGUGAUGUAAUACGUAAACCCCAAGGUCAGAUUGAACUAAAUGCAUCCAGCCGUAUUGUAAGAGGUGAUGGAAAGCAAACAGUUCAGCUGACUACUGAAAAACGAACCUAUUACUUGACUGCAGAUUCCCCAAACAUAUUAGAAGAAUGGAUCAAAGUACUGCAGAAUGUUCUUAAAGUACAGGCUGCAAGUCCACUUUUCAUUCAACCAGAUGUUAAACCUGCCAUGAAAGGCUUGCUUACCAAGGUGAAACAUGGAUAUUCCAAGAGAGUGUGGUGUAUGCUGUUUGGGAAAACUUUGUAUUAUUUCCGCAGCCAAGAAGACAAGUUUCCUUUAGGCCAGAUAAAACUCUGGGAGGCUAAAGUUGAAGAAGUUGACCGGUCCUGUGAUUCAGAUGAAGAUUAUGAGGCCAGUGGCCGUAGCCUGUUAUCAACACACUAUACAAUCGUCAUCCACCCUAAAGAACAAGGUCCCACUUACCUUCUUAUAGGAUCCAAGCAUGAGAAGGACACUUGGCUCUAUCACUUGACAGUUGCUGCUGGAAGCAGAAAUAUAAAUGUUGGGACAGAGUUUGAACAGCUUGUCUGCAAGUUGUUAAAUAUCGAAGGUGAACCCACUUCCCAGAUCUGGAGGCACCCUGCACUUUGUCACAGCAAAGAUGGGAUUACAUCUCCUCUUACAACCCUCCCAUCUGAAGCAUUGCAAACAGAAGCUUUAAAAUUAUUUAAGACUUGCCAGUUGUUUAUAAAUGCAGCAGUGGACUCUCCUGCCAUUGACUACCAUGUAUCCUUGGCCCAAAGUGCUUUACAAGUCUGUCUCACACAUCCAGAGCUUCAAAAUGAAAUCUGUUGCCAGUUGGUUAAGCAGACAAGAAGGCGGCAACCCCCAAAUCAGAUGGGACCAGUGCAGGCCUGGCAGCUUUUAGCACUCUGCAUUGGACUCUUCCUUCCACAGCACCCAUUCCUUUGGCUCAUCAAACUUCACUUGAAGAAGAAUGCAGAUUCCAGAACUGAAUUUGGAAAAUACGCAAUUUACUGUCAACGAUGUGUAGAAAGGACACAACAGAAUGGUGACAGGGAAGCCAGACCAUCAAGAAUGGAAAUUCUUUCUACACUUCUAAGAAAUCCCUACCAUCAUUCCUUACCUUUUAGUAUUCCAGUGCAUUUCAUGAAUGGCAUAUACCAGGUUGUUGGCUUUGAUGCUUCUACCACAGUGGAAGAAUUUCUAAACACACUCAAUCAAGACACAGGAAUGAGAAAACCAGCCCAGUCGGGUUUUGCUUUGUUUACUGAUGAUCCUUCUGGCAAAGAUGUAGAACACUGUCUUCAAGGAAACAUCAAGAUCUGUGACAUUAUUUCUCGAUGGGAGCAGGCAUCUAAAGAGCAGCAGCCUGGGAAAUGUGAAGGCACAAGAACAGUGAGACUGACUUACAAAAACAGGCUGUAUUUUUCAGUUCAAAUACGUGGGGAGACAGAAAGGGAAAAGCUGCUGUUGAUGUAUCAGACAAACGAUCAAAUUGUAAAUGGGCUUUUCCCUGUAAACAAAGAGCUGGCACUAGAACUGGCAGCACUUAUGGCACAGGUGGAGAUUGGGGACUUUGAACGACCUUUCUCAACUCCAACAGGGCAAAUCACUUCCCAGUCAAAAUCUAAUCAAACUUUAAAGCAAGUUGUGGAAAAGUUUUACCCCAAAAGAUAUAGGGAUGGAUGUUUAGAAGAACAAUUGAGACAGCUUUGUCAGCGACUGUCAACAAAAUGGAUGGCUCUCCGUGGUCAUAGCGCUGCAGACUGUGUGCGCAUUUACCUUGCUGUUGCUCGAAAGUGGCCUUUCUUUGGUGCCAAAUUAUUUGCAGCAAAACCUCUGAUAAUAUCAACAUUGGAGAGUUCUUUGGUAUGGCUUGCUGUUUAUGAAGAUGGCAUAAACAUUCUUGAAUACAGCUCUAUGAGGUUAAUAGUGACAUAUUUAUAUAAGAACCUAAUGACAUUUGGAGGCUAUCAAGAUGACUUCAUGCUGGUGGUCAACAAUGUGCACACACAAGAAAAGCAAACUGAAAAGUUGCUGUUUGCUAUGGCCAAGCCAAAGAUUCUUGAGAUUACGCUACUCAUCGCUAGUUAUAUUAACGAUUUCCAUCAGCAAAAGGGAGCUGCUCACCACCUUUCUGCUCCAGCGACAGUGUCUCCACAGGCAGAAAGACAGAAAACUAAAGACAUAGGGUGUCAUCCAUUUAUGUUGAAGAACAGACCAACCAAAGGACCUACCUUGUUAUGAAAAGAUCAUGUGCCUGUGAAAAUGCAUACUGGCUGAAUGUUUAUGUAUUUUGGGUACUACAUUGGAAAAGGAAUGUCUGAUUGAAGUUGGAUGAAAUACUAGUGAUGCUUACCAUGAGCCAAUUCUGCUCCCAUGUGUGACCUCCUUUUUCUCAAUUACUCCAGAGGCACCCAAAGUAUUACGAAAACCAAACAUAUGGACACAUGCAUGUUCUUUAUAUUCGUCUGCCUGGAUAGGCAGAAGAAACACUGUGAACCUGGUUAAUAAUUAGUAGUUAGAAGUGCAAUGCUUUGAAUACCAAUAGUUUCAUACACGCCCUGCCCUUUCUCCACUUCUUUGUGGUCCUUUUUGGUUUUCCUAACUUGUUCCUGGAAUUAAAACAUCUAAAGCAAACUUCUAAUUAAGCUGUGUGUCAAUUUUGGAAGGAUAACGUAUCAGAUGACAACAGCUACUGUUUGGGGCUAAUAUUGUUCCAAUCAAAGCAUUCCAAAAAAACAUUCCAUAGGCAUUAGAUUUGUGAAAGGUAUUUCUUUUUUUAAUGACAUUUGCUCUUAAAACUGCAAUUGUAGGAGUUCUGCUAACAAAUACCAGUUUCAAGGAGGAGAGUGGUAGCAUGUUGAAUCUGAAUGAUGUGCUUUGGGGCCAGAAUGUACCAAGAGAACAAAGGAUAAUUCAGACUGCCUAGUGUGAGGGCAAUUCUUUGACAUUAAAAAAAAAUAAUAACUUUCAUCUCUAUUAUAUGUAAGGAACAGUAGAUUUCACACUCCAGCUGAAAGUCAUUGAAUGAUAAGUAAUUAAAUGCUGAGGUAUGUAGUAAUGUGCUUUUACAUGUGAAUUGGGUCUAAGGGACACUGCUCAACUUGAAAAUUUGCUUAGUGUUUAAAAAGCCUGCUAUCUAGUCUCUAUUUUCAGGUAGAUCUCCCUUCUGUACCUUUUCCAUCAGCUCUCCUUAUCUUGUACAGUCGUACCUUGGAAGU